CGCCACCGCCUCCGCCCAGGUCCCGGGCCUCCGCCGCCGGCCAUGGAGGCGGCUCCGGAACAGCCGCGCUGGAUGGCGCACCCCGCCGUGCUGAACGCUCAGCACCCAGACCCGCACCACCCGGGCCUGGCGCACAGCUACAUGGAGCCCGCGCAGCUGCUGCCUCCCGACGAGGUGGACGUCUUCUUCAACCACCUCGACUCGCAGGGCAACCCGUACUACGCCAACCCGGCCCACGCGCGGGCGCGCGUCUCCUACAGCCCCGCGCAUGCCCGGCUGACCGGAGGCCAGAUGUGCCGCCCACACUUGUUGCACAGCCCCGGGCUGCCCUGGCUGGACGGGGGCAAAGCAGCCCUCUCCGCGGCCGCAGCACAUCACCACAACCCCUGGACCGUGAGCCCCUUCUCCAAGACGCCGCUGCACCCCGCGGCUGCUGGAGGCCCGGGAGGCCCCCUCUCUGUGUACCCAGGGGCAGGGGGUGGGAGCGGGGGAGGCACUGGCAGCUCUGUGGCCUCCCUCCCCCCCACUGCAGCCCACUCGGGCUCCCACCUCUUCGGCUUCCCACCCACGCCACCCAAAGAAGUGUCUCCCGACCCCAGCACCACUGGGGCUGCCUCCCCGGCCUCCUCCUCCGCAGGGGGGGGUGCGGCCCGGGGGGAGGACAAGGACGGCGUCAAAUACCAGGUGUCACUGACGGAGAGCAUGAAGAUGGAAAGUGGCAGUCCCCUGCGCCCAGGCCUGGCUGCCAUGGGCACCCAGCCUGCCACACACCACCCAAUCCCGACCUACCCCUCCUAUGUGCCAGCCACCGCCCACGACUACAGCAGCGGGCUCUUCCACCCUGGAGGCUUCCUGGGUGGCCCGGCCUCCAGCUUCACCCCUAAGCAGCGGAGCAAGGCGCGCUCAUGCUCAGAAGGCCGGGAGUGUGUCAACUGCGGGGCCACGGCCACCCCUCUCUGGCGGCGGGACGGCACCGGGCACUACCUGUGCAACGCCUGCGGCCUCUACCACAAGAUGAACGGGCAGAACCGGCCGCUAAUCAAGCCCAAGCGGAGACUGUCGGCCGCCAGGAGAGCGGGCACCUGUUGUGCAAACUGCCAGACGACAACCACCACCUUAUGGCGCCGAAACGCCAACGGGGACCCGGUCUGCAACGCCUGUGGCCUCUACUACAAGCUGCACAACGUGAACAGGCCGCUGACCAUGAAGAAGGAAGGCAUCCAGACUAGGAACCGGAAGAUGUCCAACAAGUCCAAGAAGAACAAGAAGGGGGCCGAGUGCUUUGAGGAGCUGUCCAAGUGCAUGCAGGAGAAGGCCUCCCCCUUUAGCGCGGCUGCCCUGGCCGGACACAUGGCGCCUGUGGGCCACCUCCCGCCCUUCAGCCACUCGGGACACAUCUUGCCUACCCCGACGCCCAUCCACCCCUCCUCCAGCCUGUCCUUCGGCCACCCGCACCCAUCCAGCAUGGUGACCGCCAUGGGCUAAGGGGCCGCCCCCCGCGGACCGACAGACAGACGCCGAGGAAGGCGCUCCCGGGACGGGGG